AGAGAUGGUCUGGUCACAAGCAAAACUUCUCAAAAUUCUGCCAUAACAUGCACAGCCUUUUCACUUACAUGUAUAUUCUCCCUCUCAGGCACAAGUGUGAACACUGAGUUGUAUUAAAUUGAAAGAGGGUGUAAGACAAGCCUCAGAGCUGGGCAGAAGUUUACUGGAAAGGAAUAAGAGUGGACGAGAGUGGACAGCUUUAGUGACCCACCGAAUGACGGGAACAGCAUGUCAGGCUUCCUGCUCCUCCUCAUCCUCAGCGAGGUCCUACUCCCCAACCUCACCUGUGCAUACAGAGUGCGCAGGCAGACCACAAAGGUUCGGAUCAGUGCUAUAGGAGACACCAUCAUCCUGAAGUUCCUGCAGCCCGACACUGACACUAGAUUGGAGGGCUACAUCCUGGGCUAUGGCAGCAGCUUGUUCUCCAAACAGUUAAUCCAACUCCCUGAGGACGGUGAACCGUAUGAAACUGAACUUGAUGCUGAGCCAAAAUAUCUAGUUGUAGUACAGCCAGUCAAAGGAGAAGAGAAGAAGAAAGAAUGCACAGGGAAGGAAAGUCUGGAAAAGCCUCUGCAUCUGGUGAUCGGCUCUGUGACCGAGACAUCAGUAAUGCUGUCUUGGGGCACGCUGUUAAAUACCCUUUCCACUGAAACCAACCCUGAUGACUGCAUUGAGGAUGGUCAGUACACCGUGCGCUACAGAGAGAAGGAGCCCAAAAAGACCUGGAACUUUCAGACUUGUCCUACCAGGGAUACAAUCAUUGACCAACUCAAACCAGAAACACCAUAUGAGUUCGGGGUCCGAGCAGAAUCUCGCAAUAUCACUGGAGCCUGGAGCCCUCCAGUAAUUCACAACACAGCUGCAAGAGAUCCAGAUAUUUAUACCCCACUGAAGCCUGAGAACAUUCUGAAGCCUAAGAAGCCCAUCACUGAAAGCCCUCCAACUUUCUCCCCCAUAGUGCCUGUGUCUCAGAGCAAACCAGCUUCCCUUCUCAAACACCCAGAACCUCCUCCUACACAGAGGGCAACUCCGGCGAAAGAUCUAGUCUUUCCUAAACCACUGAAACCUGAGAAGCCUCUGGGGCCUAAGAUAAAUCUGACAAAUGCAAAGCCCGUCACAGAAAUACCUCAAACGUUCUCUCCAUCGGUGCUUGUUCUGCACAGUGUGACUCAGAGCAGAUCAGCUUCCCUCCUCAGUUCCUCAGAACCUCCUCCUACACAGAGAGUAACUCAAGACAUUCAUAAACCUCGGAAACCUGAGAUCUAUCUGAGCCCCGAAAAGCCCAUAACCGAAAGCCUUCAAACUUUCUCCCCGUCGUUGCCUGUUGUGACUCAGAGCAGACCGACCUCUGUCCUCAGACAACCAGGACCUCCGCCUACACAGAGGGUAAUGCAAGUUUUGCCCAAUGUGACUGAACGCAGACCAUCCCUCCUCCUCAGACACACAGCACCUCCUCCUAUACCAAGGGUAACUCUGGGAGCAGGAAGCGAUGGCAUAAGAACUUCACGUCCUUCUGAAGAUUCAUUGUUCUUGACCCAGAACUUUACCUCAUCUUACACAUCAAUGAUUAAUAUAGGAAACACAAAUACUCUUGAAACUAACCAUUCUACUAAAUCAUCUCUUUUAUCUACAACCCUCCAAUCACUUCAUUCAACCCAAACUACACUGAUCACAAGUAAAACUCUAUUCAACACUCCCAAAUCACAGACCGACAGAAUCAAGACUGUAUCUAGCACAAGCAAAGCAAAACUCAACGCAACCCAAAAGAUAAAGACCCAACUUCACAACAAAAUUCAUCCCCAACCUGAGGCCAGCACCACAACAUUCAGCACAACUACCCAGACCACACAUAAUAUGGACAAAUACCCGAUUAGUACAGACCACCCCAAGACCAGGUCACCCCAACCCUAUACAAUUCAGCCUACAACAAGUAUAACCCAACACAACACAGCCAAAGACCAACUCAAAAUUACUCAAAACAAGUUUACAACACUUGAACCCAUCACAUCUCAAUCUCAAUUGGAUAUAACUCAUCCUAAAGCCAUUGCAACCCAAUCGCCACCCCACACAAUUCGACCCCAAUUUAUUACAAUCCAAUCCCAAUCUCAUAAAACUCAUCUGAAACCAACUGCAAGCCAAUCUCCACCCCAAACAAUCCAACCCCAAUCUAUUACAACCCAAUCCCAUAAAACUGAUCCCAAACCAACUGCAAGCCAAUCUCCACCCCAAACAAUCCAACCACAAUCUAUUACAACCCAAUCCCAUAAAACUGAUCCCAAACCAACUGCAAGCCAAUCUCCACCCCAAACAAUCCAACCACAAUCUAUUACAACCCAAUCCCAUAAAACUGAUCCCACACCCACUGCAAGCCAAUCUCCACCCCAAACAAUCCAACCCCAAUCUAUUACAACCCAAUCCCAUAAAACUGAUCCCAAACCCACUACAAGCCAAUCUCCACCCCUCUCAACUAAACCCCAAACUAACACAGUAAAAGACUACCCAAAAACAGGCCAACCACAACCCAUAACAAUCCUGUCUCAACCCCUCUCAGCCCAAACCCAAUCUAUUGCAAUCUCAGCCCAUCCUCGAUCACUACUCAAUGCAACUCAAAUCCCAAACAGCACAUUAAUACACUACCCAGGAACAACAACUCAAACUCAGGCCCCCAAAACACAAUUUCAGCCCCACCCAAUACAACCACAGCCUGACAGAAUCCUACCCAAAUACAAAAAACCCCAUGUCAUUACAACUGAAUAUACAACAAAAUCCCAAACAAAAACAAUGCGACCCAGACUGACCACAACCCAAACCAAACCAAAAAAAAAACAACAAAAGUCCAGACCACACCAAUACCGCACAGCUCAACCCCAAACAACCACAACCCAAUCCAGUACAGCUAAAUCACAAGCUAACGUCAGGUCCCAUCAACAACACAAUUAUAUAAUCAACCCAAAGUCUACUCAUGAACCAAAUACGCACCAUCAGUUUAGCACAACCUUAGAAACAACAACAACAACAACAUUAAGCACUGAAUUUCAACAGCCUGACCAUCACCCAACAAGUGCUACAAGAAAACUUUGUAACACCAACACAUGCAAAAACGGUAAAACUGAGCCUAUCCUCAGGGGUAAGCCAAAGCAACCUGUACAAACACCUUCAGAAAAAUCUAACACACAAAACUUUCCUCGGGGUGAAAAGAAGCCGGUCAACAAGAAGGUCCCAGUCAGCAAAAUGGCUCCGAGCCAAUCACUGGAUGGACACCAUACAAAGCCUGUUCUUGCCAGUGGGGCAACGAAUAGGAACCAGGGCCAAGAUCUGUCUUCACCUUUGACUUCUGUGCCAAGCACCUCAGCAUCUACAGUUACGAAGCGAGUCUCUCUGGUAUCUGUUCCUAAUCCAAUAAGGUCACCGCCUACCUACUCAAACACCUCGGUCAGGAAUCCACAGGCACGCCAUGAUGAGAAACAUAAGGGGAGGUUAUCGACCAAACGUCAGAAGUGGAAAAAAAAGACUGAUUCAAAUGAAACCAAGAACCAGCUAAACCAGGUGGACAAAGUUAUGGAGAAAGUAAUCAGUUUGAAGGUGGUGGAUGCACUACCUAUUCUGAAACCUUCAACUUCUACUCCUACCACCGAGCAAAAGCCAACACCACCAACAACACCAUUUUCUGCCUAUAAUGGUAGCCGGUAUAACAUGGGUGAAAACUCCUCUGUAUUCAGUUCUCUUCCUAUCUCAGAUCUGGACCCAAUGGGAAAGAAACGCUUUGUAGCACCUCAUGUGGUCUAUCAGGUAGACAAGCCUCCAGAAAAGCCGUGUUCUGUCACUCACGCUCUCAGCUACUUUCCUGAUGAGGAGAAUGGGGUAACAAACAUCACAGGCCCACCCAAGACUCCCCCUAGCAACGUCACUGUGGUUACUGUGGAAGGAUGUCCCUCAUUCGUUAUAAUAGACUGGGAAAAAACAGACAAUGAGACAACAGAAUAUGAGGUCACUUCCUCUGUUAAAAGUCCAAAUGGACGCGUCGUAUCUGUUGUAAAAACCAAUCAGACACAUACAGCUGUGGAAAACCUGACACCAGAGAGCAGUUACGAGUUCAAAGUAACACCAAAGAAUGAGCUUGGUUCAGGACCCUCCAGUGACUCGGUAUCCUUCAGCACUGAGUCAGCGGACCCUCGGGUGAGCGAAGUUCCAACUGGUAAAAAUGCUAUCUGGUCAUCAUUCAAAUUCGAAGCAGACACCUACUCCGAGUGCACUGGAGUGCAAUUUGUGAAACGUACAUGGUAUCGCAAGUUUGUUGGAAUUCAGCUGUGCAACUCAUUGAGAUACAAGAUCUACCUAAGUGAUUCACUAAAAGGAAAGUUUUAUAACAUUGGGGAUGAGACUGGAUAUGGAGAGGAUCAUUGCCAGUUUGUUGAUUCAUUCCUGGAUGGACGGACUGGAGGCCUGAUGCCACAGCACCACUUACCACUCAAACAAGGUUAUUACCGGGCCAUGCGCCAGGAGCCUGUAAAGUUUGGAAAGAUUGGUGGUAGCACUCAGAUCAACUAUGUAGCCUGGUAUGAGUGUGGAGUGCCCAUUCCUGGAUCAUGGUAGGACCCCUGAAGCUGUCUGAGGAUGAACCCGAUUAGAAUGUAUAGUGCGAGAGAUGACAAAGCUGACAAUGUAUAAAGAUGUACAGAAAGGGAAAAAAAAUAAUAAGAAAAAAGGUUCUAUUGAGUUUGUGUUAUCUGCAGUAUCUAAUGGCACAUAUAAUGCUUCGUACUAUUUAUAUGCGGAACAAAUUUAUCUAGACAUUUAGAGAAAUAGCAGAGUUUAUGAAAGGGGUAGCAGGCUCCCUGAAUGUUUAAAACGUGUGUAUUAUUUAUCAAGAGGCUGGGGGUAACGUAUAUAUAGUAAUUUCCUGGCAAUUGGCAAAAAUUAGGGCAUUAAACAAGUGGAAAUUGGUCAUAUUGCGCAACUGGUAAUACACACACUAAAAUGCAAACAUCUGAAAUGGAAUUUAAUGUAUUAAAAAUUUGUUUCAAGAAGUUUUUGUGCAAGUUUUACACAAAAUAGAUGUAGAUCAUUCGAUCAGCCGUAUCAUUAAAACUACCCAGAGGUAAAGUGAGUAACAUUUAUUAUUAUUAUUAAUAUUAGUAUUAUUAUUAUUAUUAUUAUUAUAUAAUGUUGAUAAAUUAUGCAGCAUUGAACAGUCAGUCCCUGAAGUUGAUGUGUUGGAAGAAGGUAAAAUGGGCAAAAUUACUAGGACCAAACAGUGAUGGCUAGACAACUGGGUCAGAGCAUCACCAAACCAGCGUUCCCCAAGGAAGAACAACCACCAGUGAACAGGUGAUAAGAGUCAUAAGCACCCAAGUCUCGUUAGUGCACUUGGAGAUUGAACGCUAACCUUUCUUCUCCGAUACCACGAAGAUCCCACUGUAAACAAAUUGCAGAAAAGGUUAAUGCUGGCUAUAAUAAAAAGGCACCAGAACACAUCGAGCAUCACAGAUUGCUGUGUUUGGGGCUGCAUAGCACCAGGAUGCGCUAUGGGAAAAUGGCAAGCUUGCAGAUGCUCAAUGUACUGUUCUACUGGGAAUUCUUACAUCCUGGUAUUCAUGUAGAUGUUACUUUGACCUGUUCCUCAAACCAUUCUGGAAGCAGGUCAAAGAGGUCAUGGUAUUGUUUUGGCCUCCCAGAUCUCAGACCGAUCGAUCAUCUGUGGGACGUGUUGGAUAAACGUAUCCGAUUCAUGUAAGCUACACCUCACAACUUACAGGUUAAAGGAUUUGCUCCUAAUGUCUUGGUGCCAGAAACCACUGCACACCUUCAGAGGUCUUGUGGAGUCCAUGCCUCAAUGGGUCAGAGCUGUUUUGAGGUACAAGAAGGAACUACACAGUAUUAAGCAGGUGGUUUUAAUCUCAUGGCUGAUCGGUGUAUAUGGUUAUAUGUGACAUCUGUAAAUUAAACAUUCAUUUUUAUUUGGUUUUGUAGCUUUUUUUUUUUUAUUAUUAUUAAUUACACAAAAUGAAUGUUGAUUUAUUUGAUCAGUUGCCGACCAUUUAACGUCACGAAUUUAUUGCAAUGUUAACGCUAUUUAAAAAGGUGUUUUUGACAAAAAUGUUUUUAGUGAAUGCUACAAAAUGUAUUACUUUCAUUGCAGAAUUUUUUGGUUUUUUUUUUAUUAGAAGGUGCAAAACGAAAUAAAUAUUUUGCUCUGGAUCUCAA